CCCGUGUGUUUGCUGGACCCAAUUCCAAAAGCUGCCAACGUUUCCAUAUGAAUUUCUUACACAAAGAUUCAAUCUUCAUCAAAUAAACCUCACUGAAAGUCGAGAUUAAACCUCCAUAGAUCUUGUUUCCCACCUUUAUUUACUCUCCCUCUCUCUUAAACUCCUAUAGAGAAAGAAAGAGCGAGUGGAAUUGUGUUCCAGCGCCACCCCGACCAGGCGACUACUGUUACUCAUGGAUGGGCACCGGCGGCGCCACAUCCCCAAAUAUAGCCGUUUCCGUCACCUAAUUCCGUCAAUCUCUGCUAUAUCCGCCGCCAUUCUCCUCCUCUAUUGUUUCCUCUCUUUUCUAGCCCCUUCCCCUGAUCAUUUUCACCACUUUGGACACCAUACCUCUUUCGAUGAUCAUACCAUUGACGAUGAUACACCUAAAGCUGCUCCAAUCUUCGAAGUUCCGACCAGGAGCAAGAUGAUUAGUGACCGAAAUCUUUGGAGCACAAGUAUGUCAAAAUUCUAUUUUGGAUGCAGUAAUGCCACCAGUCAGUUCCCAAAAGCUCAAUCAGUAACACGCCCUAAUCGAUACUUGCUGAUUGACACCAGUGGAGGUUUAAACCAACAAAGAACUGGGAUUACAGAUGCUGUUGUUGCUGCACGUAUUCUAAAUGCUACUCUUGUUGUUCCUAAACUCGAUAAGAAAUCUUUCUGGAAAGAUUCAAGUACUUUCUCUGAGAUAUUUGAUGUUGAUUGGUUUAUAUCAAAUCUAUCAAAAGAUGUGAAAAUUAUACGGGAACUUCCUCAUAAGGGAGGCAAAAAAUGGUCUCCAUACAGUACACGUGUACCUAGAAAAUGUGAUGAGAGAUGCUAUCAUAUUCAUGUGCUUCCUUUGUUUUCAAAAAAACGUGCUGUUGAACUGAGUAAGUUUGAUUACAGACUUGCUAACGAGUUAGAAACCGAUUUUCAAAGGCUUAGAUGCAGGGUGAACUACCAUGCUUUAAAAUUCACAGCUCCCAUAGUCAAAAUGGGUCAAACAUUGGUCAACCGAAUGAGGAAUAUGGGAAAACACUUUGUUGCCCUUCACUUGAGAUUUGAACCCGAUAUGCUUGCUUUCUCGGGUUGCUAUUAUGGUGGAGGAGAGAAGGAAAUAAAAGAACUUGGUAAAAUCCGCAAGAGAUGGAAAACUUUAAACAUUAGUGAUCCGGAAAAAGAAAGGAGACAAGGGAGAUGCCCAUUGACACCGGAAGAAGUAGGGUUGAUGUUAAGAGCAAUCGGAUACGAUAAAAAUGUUCAUAUCUACGUGGCGUCUGGUGAAGUAUACGGUGGGACCCACACGUUGGCUCCAUUAAGAGCCCUUUUUCCAAACAUUCAUUCGAAAGACACCAUCGCCACGAAACAAGAACUCCUACCGUUUUCACCGUUCUCUUCUCGUAUGGCUGCAUUGGAUUUUAUUGUGUGUGAUGAAAGCGAUGUUUUUGUCACAAACAAUAACGGUAACAUGGCCAAAAUAUUGUCUGGACGAAGGAGAUAUUUUGGACAUAAAGUGACAAUACGUCCAAACGCGAAGAAAUUGGCUCGGUUGUUUUUGGAGAGGGAAAAGCUGACGUGGCAAGAGUUUUCGUCAAGAGUGCGGGUGCAUCAAGUGGGAUUUAUGGGAGAACCGAAUGAGAGGCCGGGGAGUGGGGAAUUUCAUGAGAAUCCAAAGUCUUGUAUAUGUGAAAAACCAAAUGCUAAAGUGAAACUUGUUGGUAAUAAUAAGUAUAUUGAUGAUGAUGAUCAAGAACAAGAGGAAGAAGAAGAAGAAGAAGAAGAAGAAGAAGAAGAAGAAGAAGAUGGUAUUGUAUCUAAUCUUCGGUAUCUGUUUAAUGACACAAAUGUUGAUGAUGUUCCUUUGGUAUAUGAAGAAAAUGAAUUGGAAGAGUUGCUUUCGGAUUGA